AUGCGAGCGACAUCUAUGGCGGCACAAAAGCAUCGAGAAGAACGAGGUCCGUACCAGCACCUGGAUACGGACAGAAGGGAGAUUCGUGUUCUUGACCUCCUUCCUUCAUCAAAGCCAGACGCUCCCUUGAAGGGCAAUUUGCGUACCGUCUCAUUGGAUGAUGAACUAGAAUACGAAGCCUUGUCCUACACGUGGGGCUCUGCAUCCGAGGAGCAGGCUACCAUCAUCGAUGGUGACCAUAGUGUCCCAGUCACCAACAACCUAUCUCGCGCAUUGCGGCGAUUUCGCAGGCGUCUAGUCAAGCGCACCAUCUGGAUCGGCGCGAUAUGCAUCAACCAGUCCGAUAUUCCGGAACGGGGCAAGCAAGUUGCUAUCAUGGGCGAUAUUUACGUUUCGGCAACAUGCGUGGAAGUCUGGCUGGGCGAUGCGCCCGAUGUACCAUCAACGCGCAUUGGCACGGCACUCAUGCACCUUGGCGAAUUUGGGCUUCCACAUAGGGGCGCUCUGCUUAGAUGGCUUGAGACCAUGGAAACGGCGAUUCGUGACACCUCCCCAAGAUGGAUGGACCGCGCUUGGGUUAUUCAGGAGUUCAUGCUGAAUCCUGAAGUCUACCUGUGUUUCGAGUCCCAGCGUUUCAGAUACAGUGGCCCCAGGAUGGCGCACAUGAAACGGCUGAUCGAGCCAAAGCUAAAAGGGGUGGGCGCAGUGAGGAGGUCGUCAUUGCCUCUAUUUGAUGAACUCUCAACCCGUUUAUCCGAGUUAAAUCUGCUUAAGCGAUAUUCUGGCUUGAUCCUGGCCGAUAUCUUCCUCUAUCUUCCUGUAUCUUCCUCACGCAGAAGCGCACGACCCUAG